AUGCAGGAGUCUCCAGGUGCCAUGGGCGUAGAUGGCAGCUACGCCAGCAACGUUCCAGCCUUUCUCACAAAGCUGUGGACCCUGGUGGAGGAUCCAGACACCAACCAUCUCAUCUGCUGGAGCGCUACUGGGACUAGUUUCCAUGUGUUUGACCAGGGACGCUUUGCCAAGGAAGUUCUGCCAAAGUACUUCAAACACAAUAAUAUGGCAAGCUUCGUUCGACAGCUCAACAUGUAUGGUUUCCGUAAGGUGGUGAACAUUGAGCAGAGCGGUCUGGUGAAGCCUGAGAGAGAUGACACAGAGUUUCAACAUCUGUACUUCCUCCAGGGACAUGAGCACAUGCUAGAACACAUCAAGAGGAAGGUAUCCAUAGUGAAGAGUGAGGAGACCAAAGUUCGUCAGGAGGACCUCAGUAAACUGCUGUAUGAGGUUCAGCUUCUCAGAACGCAACAGGACAACAUGGAGUGUCAGAUGCAGGACAUGAAACAGCAAAACGAAGUACUGUGGCGAGAGGUGGUCUCACUGAGACAGAACCACACACAGCAACAGAAAGUCAUGAACAAGCUGAUUCAGUUUCUGUUCAGCCAGAUGCAGUCUAACACACCCAGCACUGUGGGCCUAAAGAGAAAGCUGCCUCUGAUGUUGGACGAUGGCUCGCCCAGCCCCCCUGCCUCCAAGUUCAGCCAUAGUCACCCAAUGGAACCCAUGCAUGAGCCCUUCUACAUCCAAUCUCCAUCCAGUGAUACUGCUUCCUGCUCCACUAGUGGGCUGACAGGAGGACCAAUCAUAUCAGAUGUUACUGACAUGUCUCAGGCCAGCAUGGCCCUCCAGAUGCAGCCCGAUGAGACCGGGGAGAAGUGCAUGAUGCUUAUCAAAGAGGAGCCUGUGAGUCCAGGAGUGAGAGGAGCAGGGACAGGAGGCAGUGUAGGGGGAGGAGAGGCCGUAGCAUUGACCUCCUCCUGUGAGGUGUGCGCCUCAGAACCUCCGGUCCUACCCGUCGCAAUGGUCCAGUCUGUUCUGGAGGGGAGGGGCUCUGUGGCCUCUAUGGUAGAGAGGAGGAGUAAGAGACCUGCCCUGGACAGAGUGGAGGUUUCAGAUGCCGUGGAGAAUGUGGAUAUGAGCCUGGAGGAGCUUCAGCAGCUGCUCAGGAGCCAUCAGCAGAGCACUGUGGAGGCCGGGGCCAGUGCUGUUAUGGAUCCCUUCAGUUUAAACCUGCCUCUGACUGAGUGGAACUUCACAGAGAUGGAGUCUAACCUCAAAUCAUACAUGUUCCAGAACCAGGAAGCGGAGGCUUUUCCAGCUACAGGCUGUGAGGAACAGUGA